AUGUACUGGCCCCAUGGAGUUCCACGGGCCUAUGCGAUCAAUGGCCCUGGAAUUCCUCCUGUCGCUUCUAACGAUGAAGAGCCCGUAGAUAUUGAGGCCUCUGUGGAACAGAGGCUCACCUUGGAGGAUCAUGCCCCCGAACAACCGUCUGGUACGGAGUCGGCGUGGGCUAACGAGCCCAUCACUGGUCUCUGCGCCUCGCGAAGCGGACAUAUGUUCGCGACAAUGACCGAAACCUCAAUAGCCCUGUGGCAGACAAGGCCAACUGCUGUUGUCGCCGCUGUCGCCCGAUCCCCUUCGUCAUUAAGCACCUACGGCUCCAACGUAGCCCUCCUUAUCCACCCGGAUUCGACAAUCCUCGUUGUUCAAACGCUCAAUGGAUAUCUUCUCACAUACACUAUCGCCACCGACCCUAAUAGUCGAGUCUAUCAACAACACUUCGAUCACUCGACGCAAACCCGUCGCCAACAACUCGCUCGCGAGGAGGACGCGAAUGGGAUCCGGGAUGUUAGUGUUCGGUUCAGAAUGGCCAUCAAGAUAGAAUCGGGAAUAGUGAGAGCUUUGGCGCUGGACACUGAGCUUGUCGUCGCUACAGUAAAGCCCGCCGCCAUUCAAUGCAUACGUUGGACGCCAGACGCUAGUGGAACUCAGACCACGUCAGAACUCUUGAGCCGAAUUCUGGGCGUAUCGAAGCAAACAUCUAUAACGGAUAUGGUGUAUGACCGGGCGAUCAAUCUGCUGGUCUGGGUUACCAACGAGGGGCAUGCAUACGCGGUUCAACGCGUGUUGGAGCAUUCACAGAACCCAGAGACGCCCAAAAAGCUUUUCCACGGCCACUGCUUCCACAAGCCCACGAAAGAUGAGGAGAAAGCGGUUAAAGUGACGGUCAAUGCUCGAUUUUCGCUGCUGACCGUAAGCUGCGCCAAUGGAGAAAUCCUUGUAUACACUGCUAAAGACUACCUUGGAAACGUCCCGCUGUCGCACAAACUCCAGCUUCCGGCUUCCACUAGCACGACUGGGAACGUGAACUUCAUGAGCUACUCACCUGAUGGGUACUGCCUUUUUGCCGGCUACGAACGAGGCUGGACGACAUGGAGCGUGUUUGGCAAACCGGGCGGUAACAGCUUCCACGCUGAUCGAACUCUCUCGAAGGCCAAUAAUGAGAACUGGCUGACCGGUGUCCCCCACGGAUGCUGGAUAGGAGGAGGCUCCGACAUCAUCCUUGCGGGGAAGAAUGACCGUCGUCUAUGGAUUCUGGAGACCGCGCGGAGUGCUUUGACGGGUUGUUAUUCGUCCGCAAAUCUGGCCCGCGGCCUUCUCCAGACAGGCACGGAGGUUAUCCUCUAUCGGGGCCACGAUCUGCCUGACCUCAUGACGAUAUCAGGCAAAGAUUCACUAUGGCAUCACGCUCAAUACCCCCCCUCCUACCUCCACUCCCAGUGGCCGAUACGAUCGAGCGUAGUUUCACAAGACGGGAGAUAUAUUGCUAUUGCAGGCAGACGCGGCCUGGCGCACUACAGUGUGAAUAGUGGUCGUUGGAAGGUCUUCGAAGAUGCGAAAGCUGAAGACUCGUUCGCCGUCCGGGGCGGCAUGUGUUGGUAUGGACACAUUUUGAUUGCCGCCAUUGAGAGCGAUGGAUCCUAUGAGCUACGCCUUUGGUCUCGGGAGCAACCUCUUAGCAACCAUUCCAUUAUGCAUAUAGAGUAUCUUCCUUCUCCUGUGGUCUUCAUCGGACCGUCGGGCGAGGACUCUCUGCUUGUCUAUACAUACGACAACAUCCUUUAUCAUUACAUCAUCAGCUCGGUGCAGCCCCGGGUCUCGCUGGUUCCGGUCGGUCAGAUUGCCUUCAACGGCAUCGUACGAGCGCCUACUCGGGUGCGGGCCAUCAGCUGGGUCCUACCAGAGGACCAGUUACGAAACGGCGACCCUUCUCAGGACGUGAAAGUGGCAUCGGUAUUGCUCCUAGUCGAUGGAAACUUGGUUUUACUUCAACCUUCGAUGUCAGACACUGGCGACCUGAAAUAUGACAUGCGAGUGAUAUCCCACGAUGUGGAAUACUACAUCUUGAUGCGUGAUCAGCUCUCGUUCAAUUUCGCGCCGCCUAUGGAUGAGUCGGUUCCGCCGAGUCCUGCGGCCGAAAAGGUCUUGAACAUGUAUCACAGUAACCUGUCUCUACGGGAUUCCCUGUGGACGUUCUGUGGUAAGGAUCUACUCGCCUGGGGCGACGUGCAGGAAGUUCUUCGGCACGACGAUGUACCCAAAGCGAUCCAUAUUCCAUUGGACUUUUAUCCCCUGUCGGUCCUGUUGAACAAAGGCAUCGUGCUGGGGGUGGAGUCUGAAAUGACACAACGACGCGACGUCACAUUCGCUGUUCUCAAAUUCGCCAUCCGAACUCAUUUGUUUCUCCCGUACUUCUUCCAGCAUUGUCUGGAGCAAGGCGAUAUGCCGGGCGCUAUGUCACUAUGCCAUCAUUUCUCCCACCUGUCGUACUUCCCGCACGCCCUCGAGGUCCUGCUACACCACGUCCUAGAUGAAGAGGUCGACAAGCCCAAAGACAAUACGAUCGACGACCCGUCUCAGGAACACGGCCCUCUCCUUCCGUCGGUGAUAUCCUUCUUACAGGCAUCGCUGCCUGCCCCGGUGUACCUGAACACAGUCGUGCAAUGCACGCGAAAGACCGAACUUCGGUCGUGGCGCACGCUCUUCACAUACCUCCCUCCGCCCAAGGACCUCUUCGAGCAAGCGCUGCGGCUCAACUCUUUGAAAACCGCCGUCGGAUAUCUCCUCGUGCUGCAGGCGUUCGAGGACGACGACGGCCACGACGCACCGAUCGAAGACUACGUCGUCCGACUGCUGGUGUUGGCGUCCCAAAAGAGCGACUGGGAGCUGUGUGCGGAGCUUGCGCGGUUCCUCAUGGCCCUGGACGGGUCGGGCGAUAUGCUGCGUCGGACGAUCGCACGCUCUGGUCUGCAGAACGGCGGGUUCCCUGCAGGUCCGGGAACCACGAACGUCAAGGGACUGGGACUGGCGAUGACGCCGUCAUGGUCGUCGCUCUCGGCGACAUCCUCGAUCUCGCCGCGUCGCAGUCCCGUCCGGCGCGAGAGCGAUGUAUCCCCUGGCGAGCUGACCUAG